GAUGGAUGCUGCGGGAAGGGGCUGCCAUUUGCUGCCCCUGCCAGCGGCGCGCGGACCUGCUCGCUCUCCUGCGGUGGCGGCCGCCGCCCGCGCCGUCAGCCGGCCCGGCCUCUGCAGCGCCGCCGCCUCGGCUCCCUCCGCGGCCGCCGGAGCGGUCGCCAUGAACCCCAGCUCCUCGGCGGGAGAGGAGAAGGGGGCGACGGGCGGCAGCGGCGGCGGCGGAAGCGGCGCCGGGAGUUGCUGCCUGGGCGCGGAGGGCGGCGCGGACCCGCGGGGCGCGGGGGCAGCGGCGGCGGCGGCGGCGGGGGCCGCUGCCCUGGAGGAGCCCGCGGCCGCCGGCGCGAAGGAGAAGGACGAGGCGCUGGAGGAGAAGCUCAGGAACUUAACUUUCCGGAAGCAGGUCUCUUACAGGAAAGCAAUCUCCCGGGCAGGCCUGCAGCACCUGGCUCCUGCACAUCCCCUCAGCCUUCCUGUGGCAAAUGGUCCAGCGAAGGAGCCCAGAGCGACUCUGGACUGGAGUGAGAAUGCCGUGAAUGGAGAGCACCUGUGGCUGGAGACCAACGUCUCAGGAGACCUGUGUUACCUGGGAGAGGAGAACUGCCAAGUCAGAUUUGCAAAAUCGGCCCUCAGGAGGAAGUGUGCGGUCUGUAAAAUCGUCGUCCACACCGCCUGCAUUGAACAGCUAGAAAAGAUUAAUUUCAGAUGUAAACCAACAUUUCGAGAAGGGGGCUCAAGAUCGCCAAGAGAAAACUUUGUGCGUCAUCACUGGGUGCACAGGCGUCGGCAGGAGGGAAAAUGUAAGCAGUGUGGUAAGGGCUUCCAGCAAAAGUUCUCCUUCCACAGUAAAGAGAUUGUGGCUAUCAGCUGUUCCUGGUGCAAACAGGCGUUUCACAAUAAGGUGACCUGCUUCAUGCUGCAUCACAUUGAAGAACCCUGCUCCCUGGGGGCUCAUGCUGCUGUCAUUGUCCCGCCCACCUGGAUCAUUAAGGUGAAGAAACCUCAGAACUCGCUGAAGGCUUCAAAUCGGAAGAAGAAGAGAACAAGCUUUAAAAGAAAAGCCAGUAAAAGAGGAACUGAACAGGAAAACAAAGGUCGACCUUUUGUGAUAAAACCUAUCUCUUCUCCUCUCAUGAAGCCCUUGCUUGUGUUUGUGAACCCCAAGAGCGGAGGCAACCAGGGAACCAAAGUCCUGCAGAUGUUCAUGUGGUACCUGAAUCCACGACAGGUCUUUGAUCUAUCUCAGGAAGGGCCAAAAGAUGCGCUUGAGUUAUACAGGAAGGUACCAAAUCUGCGAAUUCUGGCCUGUGGCGGGGAUGGAACGGUGGGCUGGAUCCUUUCUAUUCUGGAUGAACUGCAACUGAGCCCUCAGCCUCCCGUCGGGGUCCUUCCACUGGGAACUGGGAACGACCUGGCUCGAACUCUCAACUGGGGAGGGGGCUACACUGAUGAACCUGUUUCGAAGAUCCUUUGCCAAGUCGAAGACGGGACAAUUGUACAGCUGGAUCGCUGGAACCUCCACGUGGAAAGAAACCCAGACUUGCCUCCAGAAGAACUUGAAGAUGGUGUGUGUAAGCUUCCUCUGAAUGUUUUCAAUAAUUACUUCAGCCUUGGAUUUGAUGCCCACGUCACACUGGAGUUCCAUGAAUCCAGAGAAGCAAAUCCAGAGAAAUUCAACAGUCGUUUUCGAAAUAAAAUGUUCUAUGCAGGGGCAGCUUUUUCUGAUUUUCUACAGAGAAGCUCUAGAGAUCUUUCCAAACAUGUUAAAGUUGUUUGUGAUGGAACCAAUCUCACUCCAAAGAUUCAGGAACUGAAGUUCCAGUGUAUAGUAUUUUUAAAUAUACCCAGAUAUUGUGCUGGCACAAUGCCCUGGGGGAACCCAGGAGAUCACCAUGAUUUUGAACCUCAGCGUCAUGAUGAUGGUUAUAUUGAAGUAAUUGGAUUCACUAUGGCCUCUUUGGCUGCCCUGCAAGUUGGGGGCCAUGGGGAAAGGCUACACCAGUGUCGGGAGGUCGUGCUGCUCACUUACAAACCCAUCCCCAUGCAAGUGGAUGGGGAGCCCUGUAGGUUGGCCCCAGCUAUGAUUCGGAUCUCCUUGAGGAAUCAAGCCAACAUGGUGCAGAAGAGCAAGAGGAGAACAUCCAUGCCUUUACUCAAUGAUAUCCAUCAGGUGCCAGCUGCCGACCUGCGGAGAGUAUCUGCUCCCCCUGGCUCCUUCACCACUCCCCAAUCUGUCCCAGACCGCCUGAGGAUCCGGGUGAACAAAAUCAGUUUACAAGACUAUGAAGGAUUCCACUAUGACAAAGAGAAACUUCGGGAAGCUUCUAUCCCUCUGGGUAUUCUAGUUGUGCGUGGAGACUGUGACUUGGAGACUUGCCGUAUGUACAUAGAUCGCCUACAGGAGGACCUGCAGUCAGUUUCUUCUGGCUCCCAGAGAGUUCAUUACCAGGACCACGAAACCUCCUUUCCCAGGGCGCUCUCAGCCCAGAGACUUUCCCCGCGGUGGUGCUUUCUAGAUGCUACUUCUGCUGAUCGCUUUUACCGAAUAGACAGAUCUCAGGAACAUUUGCACUUUGUGAUGGAGAUUUCCCAAGAUGAGAUUUUUAUUCUGGACCCCGAUAUGGUAUUGUCACAGCAGGCAGGGACACCUCCCGGAAUGCCUGACCUGGUGGUGGAGCAAGCCUCAGGAGUGGCAGACUGGUGGAACCCUGCCCUACGGAAACGCAUGCUGAGCGACAGCGGGCUGGGAAUGAUAACACCGCAUUAUGAAGACUCAGAUUUGAGGGACCUCAGCCACUCCCGCGUGCUACAGUCACCAGUCUCUUCAGAAGAUCAUGCAAUUUUACAGGCAGUAAUAGCUGGUGAUCUUAUGAAGCUAAUAGAAAGCUAUAAAAAUGGAGGGAGUCUGCUAAUUCAGGGACCAGACCACUGUUCACUCCUUCACCAUGCAGCUAAAACCGGCAAUGGGGAGAUUGUGAAAUAUAUCCUUGACCACGGACCUUCUGAGUUAUUGGAUAUGGCAGACAGCGAAACGGGUGAGACCGCACUGCACAAGGCUGCCUGCCAGCGGAACCGGGCUGUGUGCCAGCUUCUGGUGGAUGCGGGAGCAUCUCUGAGAAAGACGGACUCCAAGGGUAAGACGCCUCAAGAGAGAGCACAGCAAGCUGGAGACCCAGAUUUGGCUGCUUACCUAGAAAGCCGCCAGAACUAUAAGAUCAUUGGCCACGAGGACCUGGAAACUGCUGUUUGACCCUGGUAGAUCACAAAGAGAACUUGAGCGAGCAUAUCACCUAUGCCCUCCCGGCGAUCGGGCAGCUCCCCUGGAAGAAGCUGAUGGAAUCCAUAAAUCUGUCUCUCUCCUGCAAGAAUCAAUCUGAUACCAUGUCACCAGUUGUUAAGGGCUACCAAGAUGUCCAACAGAACAUGAUAGCCCACCGAGGAAGAGGCAGGAUACCUGGAGAUUUGUGGAAUACAAGUUCCACGAAAUUUGAUCCUUAUUGCUUCCAGCAAGUAGCAUGAACUUCUGUGUUCACCUGUAUAAUUUAUUUUCAAGAUUCAAAGGAUGUUCGUAUACAUGGCACUGCUCCCGCCUCCCCCUGUGCAUUCAUGACUCCCCUGUACCACACAAUUCUACUGUAACUACUCACCAUUCAAAAAAUGUGAUCUGUUCUCUUUACAUUCAGUCUUUGAAGACCACAAGACCAUCUGAAGGUCUUUGAAAACCCUCUGGAUGUCCUGCAGAAACACAACUGUAAAGCUGCUUCCAUUUCCCAGAUGAAAUAUACCAAGACUAUUAGUGACUU